GUGGUGGGAGGGAUCAUGGAUGCCCCGCCCCUUCAGCUGGACGGGGCGGAGCAGCGAGUCGUGACGCCAUCAGAGCGCGUCGGAGAAGGGACGAGACGCGUCUUGGAGAUGUUGGAAUCUAUAUUGGCUUCUGGCGGGCUGGUGCUGCUUCGGGACUCCGUGGAAUGGGAGGGGCGCAGUCUCUUGAAGGCGCUUAUCAAGAAAUCUGUACUGUGUGGGGAGCAAGUCCACAUCCUGGGCUGUGAAGUGAGCGAGGAAGAGUUUCGUGAAGGUUUUGACGUCAGUAUCAACAGCCAACUGGUUUACCAUGAUCUCUUCAGAGACCCUCUCAACUGGUCAAAGACUGGGGAAGCCCUUCCAGGGGGUGCCCUGGGAGCCUUGAAAGCCAUGUACAGAAGGCCAGAUCCUGGUCCUGUCAUCAUUGCUCUUGAUUCGCUUAGCUGGCUGCUGCUUCACCUUCCCUGCACCACACUCUGCCAGACCCUACAUACUCUGAGCCAUCAAGACACCUGCUCUGGUGACACCUCCCCAGUAGCGCGGGUGUGUGUGCUAGGCCUGCUCCAUGAAGAGCUUCACGGCCCAGGCCCCAUGGGAGCAUUGAGCAGCCUUGCUCAGACUGAGGUGACUCUGAGUGGUACAGCAAGCCAGACCUCGGCUCACAUCCUCUAUCGGAGGCCGCGACAGCGCCCAACACAUAAGAUUCAGUGGUUCUCCAUCUUGCCUGACUUCAGCGUGGAUCUCCAAGGGGGGCCCCCCCUAGAGUCCCAGCCCCACCCACAUCCUGACACACCCCUGGUUGAUCCCACGACUCAUUUGACCUUUAACCUUCACCUGUCCAAGAAAGAGAAAGAAGCCAAAGAUAGCCUGACCCUGCCCUUCCAGUUCAGCUCUGAAAAACAGCAGGCUCUACUGUGCCCUGGUUCAGGCCAGGCAACCAGCCACAUCUUCUAUGAGCCAGAUGCCUAUGAUGACCCGGACCAAGAGGACCCAGAUGAUGACCUAGAUAUUUGACUGGCCAUGAGAUUUGACCAGCCUGUAAUUGGAGGGGGAGUGUGUAGGCCUUGGGCCCAUAACCAUCCUUCCAUUAUUCCCUCUAGUCUUACCCUGUGCCUCCCCCACCUUUGUUCCGUGUGUCUAUGGAAGCCCUGCCCUAUGACCCAUGAGUCAGGGAGUAGAUCCAUUCAUGACAGAAAGUGGGGUGGGGGCAGAGGGGAAGAUGAGAGACUAGGAAACCCCUCCUCCAAGCCUAAUAAAGUCUUUUUUUAUUAUUAUUAAAAAAGAAACUCUGGUAGC